UCAGUUCUAAAGAAUAAUUAUAAGGAAGCAUAUUUGUACGGCUAUGCUUGGCCCUUUGUUUCUGCUGAUACUGAUCAAGGUGAUAAGACCCACCACCAAUACACCCCACCCAAGCUUGCGAAAUUUGUGUACAAUACAAUACCCCAUACAAACACCUAAAGCGAUUAGCGGUUGCGAUAUUGCCAACGGGCUUAACAUAUUUGGCAUUCUCUAUCAGUUGUCACAACCCUCGUCAAAAUAUUUAAUUAUCUAAUUAUACUCUAUUGCAACUUGCUUCUUCGAUGGUGUCAUCUUUUCAUUGAUUUCAUACCAUUGUUUAAUUGUGUGCAUCUUAAUAUAGAAAUACUGGCUCAAUCAAGUUGCAUCGAUAUUGAUAUUUUUUGCAGAUCAAGCUGAAGUUGCAAAAUUUUUAGCAAGAAAAAUCUAGGGUCGGUAAUUUAAAUUUUCUUUGGAUAUUUGGCCGUUUUAGCAUUUUUUAUAGAGUGGGCACAUUAUAAUCCUUAAGUAAUCAAUGCCGCAAAUCUUUUAACAGGAACAGUGGCAAUUAAAUACUUAAAUGAAAGUGAUAUCAAAUUCAAAGUGCUAGAUGAAAUUCGCAGGAGACAAUGUUUUUUAUCGUCAUUGUUAAUUGUAAACUUGAUAGUUAAUUCCUCAAUGGUAACAGGCAGUGUGUGAAAUUUUACGGAAUAUCCUAAGUUGAAGCCAUAAUCAGGAAGAUUUUUAAGUGGAUAGCAACCUGAGUAUUUACCGAAAUGAAUAAUAUUGCAUUGGAUGAGAAAAUCGUUGAUGUAAAGUUGUCUGUAUCCGCUUCUAACGAUCAAAAGGAUGAUGCAUCGGCGAUAAAGCCUGCAGAAACUUCGAAUCAGCUGCCAAAAAAGGGUGUGAUCAAUAAAGCUAUGGACUACGGAGAGGCCAUGACGAGCCCAACGGAGCUGCUUGCUCCAGAGGCUUUUCCCGAUGAAAUCACGGACAUGAAUGGAAACGCAAUGCGCGAUGACCAUAAAGCAAAAAUAAGCAUCCGCGAAGGAACAUCUACCGUUCGAUGUUUACUCUGGUUCAUGAUUUUCUUCAUCCUAACCACGAUUGCACUGGCCGCUCUUUUCACUUGGAAAAUGGUGCAGUCGGAUGUCUCUGAAGCAACAGUCAAGAAGGAGGUAUGUUAUACAAGGACGAAACCGGUUCCCUUUGAAACCAUACCAAAGAAGAUUACGGAAUAUUUGAAAAGUUGGAGAGAGGAUAUAAAAGCCGACGUAGCGAAGAAUAAUGAGAGUGUAGCCGUAGUAAACGUGGUAUAUUACGAUAAAGUCAUUUGGGAAGCAAAGUAUAGAUGGGACAGUAAAAAAAAGACUGCAAAAAUAGGAAAGGUUAAACUAUUUCCCGUUGCCAGUAUUACGAAAGUGAUUACAGCGCUUUUAGCGUUCAAAAUGUAUAACGAUGGAGAAAUUGGCUUGGAUGACCCUAUAGUAAAGUAUGAACCAAAUUUCUGGGUGAGAAAUCCUUUUAAUAAUGACAACGGAUCAGGGAUAACAUUACGGGAGCUUAUCACAUAUUCCUCUGGUCUUCCCAGAGAAGCCCCUUGUCACAAAGAAACCCCGAAGAGCUACUGUCCCUACGAUACUAACCACAUGCUGCAACAACUUAGAAAAAAUACAUCCCGUUUGCUUUUUCCACCAGGAAAAGAUGCAUUAUAUGGGAAUCUUCCAUUUGCCAUCGCUGGAAAUGUGAUGGGCAAAAACUAUUCUGGUGGUUAUGCGAAACUUGUCCAGGAUAAGAUUUUUGAACCACUACAUAUGAAAUCAUCCACCUUUACAAUGAACAAUACAAAAAAUAUAUUCCCACCAUUACCGACAGCGAAAAGUAAAAACAGUUUAAAAAACUGGGGUUGGUUGAAUCCAGCUGGUGGUUUAUUCACUACAGUUCACGAUUUAGCUCAGUUAGAAAUUGGAUUGUUCAACAACAAUCACAAUCAAUAUCUUCGAUCAGCAAUUCUUGAUGAAUUUUUUACACCAGACUACUUUUUCACCGACGGCAAGCAAAUGUUGGGGAGUUCCUGGAGUAUUGGCUUCCAUAAAGGAUAUUUGAACUACACCAAAGACGGAUUUGUGUAUGGGGGAUACUGCAGUAUGAUUAAACUUCUGCCCGAGUUACGCUUAGCUGUAAAUCUUGUGAGCACGUCUCAUAACUGUCAAAUAUAUAGCACGUUGCCUCCGAAGAUGGACAUUUUGUUCGACCUAUUUCAUGAUGAACUUGCGAAGUUACCACAGAACAUGCAACAGACACCCGUAUCUAAUCCAAAGAGAUUCAUUGGUGUAUAUGACACAAACGAAGUUCAAACACUUCAUAAUGUCGCAAUGAAAAUAUCGACAUACAAGAAAGAGAACGACACUCAUCAUUACCUACGGUUCUCGAUUGGAGAUAUGUAUACAUUUCCCCUCACGUACCUUGGUGAUUAUAUUUUCGGCAUAAUGCAGGUAAACCGUUGUAAGGACUUUUCUCUUGGAAUUAAUGGUGAAAGAAUAUAUUUCACAAAACCAAAAAACACUCGAGAUAAAGUUAACGAAUUUGUUAUUUAUGGAAUACAUUUAAAGGGAAAGGUUACAUUUCAUCGUAAACACACUUAAACAAUAGUUGGAUUUUAAAGGUGCUUAAAGUUCACUGAAACGAUUGGUCAUUCCACCAUUCAUGUGCAUGUAGUGGAUCUUUAGAAUGUUUGCCUAAAUCAUCGCCCAGUAGAAACAGUAUGUUUCAACAAUCGAAUCGGCAUUAAGCGGACAGUUUCGGGAAAAGGGGUAAAUGCCGGCUGUUUCAUAUAGCUAUCCGUUAAAAAAGGUCCUGGCUAUCCAGUGAAGAAAUAAUUCAAAACGUGAAGUUCAUCCAUGGAUUCAAUAAAGAAAUGAACGAAUUUAAAAUCGGUGAAAUCUGGUUCUUUCACGACUAUAUCGUUUGUUAUAAAUAGGGGGACUUCACACAGCGUAAAAUUUGUAGAAAUUCUUAAAACAAUUUAACUGAAAAUUUCCGCUUCACGUGCAUGCCAGUUAUAUGCCCAGCUAGGUGUCCGCUUAAUAGAGGUUCCCGGUUGAGAGAGGUUUCAUAGAUAUAGAAUUUAUAUGUUUUUGAACCUUACACAUUGGUCCUUGAAUACAUGCAGAAUUUUAGUGCAAGGCUGCAUACAACACUUAAGAUAUUUUAUUGCUUGUUUGAACUUCUUGAAGCGGGCAGAACGCCAGCAAUUGGAGGCGAUCAGGCUUAUAAUGCAUGCAGGUUAACUAAAUUUUAUUAAAUAAUUGAUAUACCUAGCUAAUAUUCGAUUAUAUAUAUAUCCAGUGCAAAAGAAAAUGUUUAUAACUUGUAGUACAGAAGAUAAUAUUGCAAGAACUUUAUAUAUAUUAGACAAUUAUACCAUGUUAUAUAUAGUUGUACUGUAGUUAAUGUAAAUAUCAUAUAGAAGUUUCUGAGAAGAUUAUGACUGUCUCCCGGUUGACGGGUGUAGGAUGAGGUGGGGGCUAUAGAUAAAAAUAAUACAUGGUAAACUUAUAUCCUUCUAAAAUU